GACUCGGCCUUUUUCCUUCCAUGCAGGUGGUGCGUCUGUGUCAGAACCCAAAGCUGGCGUUGAAGAACAGCCCGCCCUACAUAUUAGAUCUGCUGCCUGAUACGUACCAGCAUCUCCGAACCAUCCUGUCACGCUACGAGGGGAAGAUGGAGACCCUGGGAGAAAAUGAGUACUUCAGGGUGUUCAUGGAGAACUUGAUGAAGAAGACCAAACAGACCAUCAGCCUCUUUAAGGAAGGGAAAGAAAGGAUGUACGAGGAGAAUUCUCAGCCUAGGCGCAACCUGACAAAGCUGUCGCUGAUCUUCAGCCAUAUGCUGGCAGAACUGAAAGGCAUUUUCCCAAACGGCCUCUUCCAGGGAGACACAUUUCGGAUCACAAAGGCAGAUGCUGCCGAAUUCUGGAGAAAAGCUUUUGGGGAAAAGACAAUCGUUCCAUGGAAGAGCUUCCGCCAGGCCUUGCAUGAAGUACAUCCCAUCAGUUCCGGGUUAGAGGCCAUGGCCCUGAAAUCAACCAUCGACUUGACGUGCAACGACUACAUUUCAGUAUUCGAAUUUGAUAUUUUUACGCGACUCUUUCAGCCGUGGUCGUCUUUGCUCAGAAACUGGAACAGCCUAGCAGUGACUCAUCCUGGCUAUAUGGCGUUCUUAACAUAUGACGAGGUGAAAGCAAGGCUUCAGAAAUUCAUUCACAAGCCUGGCAGUUACAUUUUCCGAUUGAGCUGUACCCGCCUUGGUCAGUGGGCCAUCGGCUAUGUCACCGCAGAUGGCAACAUCCUGCAGACUAUCCCCCACAACAAACCUCUCUUUCAAGCACUGAUUGAUGGCUUCAGGGAAGGCUUUUAUCUGUUCCCUGAUGGUCGGAAUCAGAACCCUGACCUGACUGGUUUGUGUGAGCCCACGCCUCAGGACCACAUCAAAGUUACACAGGAACAAUAUGAAUUGUACUGUGAGAUGGGCUCCACGUUCCAGCUGUGUAAAAUUUGUGCGGAAAAUGACAAGGAUGUGAAGAUUGAGCCAUGUGGCCAUCUGAUGUGCACUUCCUGUCUCACUUCAUGGCAGGAAUCGGAAGGUCAGGGCUGUCCGUUCUGCCGUUGUGAAAUCAAAGGCACGGAGCCCAUCGUAGUCGACCCAUUUGAUCCUAGAGGAGGAGGAGGGCUGUUGCGGCAAGGUGCAGAAGGAACUCCUUCACCCAAUUAUGAGGAUGAUGAUGAUGACAGAGCUGAUGAUUCCCUCUUCAUAAUGAAAGAGUUGGCUGGAGCAAAGGUGGAGCGCCCUCCCUCUCCAUUCUCGAUGACUCCACAGGCCUCACUGCCCCCGGUACCCCCACGGCUAGACCUUCUGCAGCAGCGAGUAUCUAACCCCUCUGGGGCUUCCAGCCCAGGAACCACGUCUAAGGUUGUUCCUAGUUCCCUUCACAAGGACAAGCCUUUGCCGAUACCUCCGACACUGAGAGAUCUCCCACCUCCACCUCCUCCAGACAGGCCACAUUCCACUGGGGUGGAGAGCCGACCUCAGAGACGCCCUUUACCCUGUACGCCAGGAGAUUGUCCUGCCAGAGACAAAUUACCACCAGUGCCCUCCAACCGUCAAGGGGAGCCCUGGGCGUCACGGCCUGUUCCAAAAGCACCUUCCGUAGCUCUCAGCCCUAAUGACCCAUGGGCUGGUAGAGAACUGACAAACCGCCAUUCGCUCCCAUUCUCCUUGCCCUCUCUGAUGGACUCCAGACCUGACGUACAUAGGCAUGGCAGUACACUCAGCCUGGAUACUACAACGAACUUGAACAGCGGACCUCCAGCAAACUCAGAGUGUGAGCACCCCAAGAUAAAACCUUCUUCAUCUGCCAAUGCCAUCUACGCUCUAGCUGCCAGACCACUGCCUGUACCAAAACUGCCGCCGGGGGAAGAGUCUGAAAGUGAUGAAGACACUGAAUACAUGUCGCCAUCCUCUCUGCCUGUGGUGCCUCCAGGUCCAGGUGGACAAAAACCAGAGCUCAAGCUGCCUUUGGAAAUAACCCAGAGUUUACGAGUGUUGGAGUGUGACCGGCAAGCUGAUGGCUGCACAUACGAAGCGAUGUACAACAUUCAGUCGCAGGCAGCAUCCUCUAGCUUAGAGAUCACAAACAUUUUCGAUGAGAGGGAUCUGGCCGCAGCUGCUGCCAGCAACGGCCCCGAGGAGUCUGAAAAUGAAGAAGAUGGCUAUGACGUCCCUAAGCCGCCGUUGCCCAUCGCCCUUGCACGUCGCACACUGUCCGACAUCUCCAAUGCCACGUCUGCCUUCAGCCGGAUGUCUCUGGAUGGGGAUCUUGCAACAGGUUUCUCUGAUGGCACUCAGGUUCCAGAGCGGCCACCGAAGCCUUUGCCACGGAGGAUAAACUCCGAACGGAAGGCUGGGAGCUGCCAGCCAGGGCCCAGCACCCCCCCUCAGCUCUCCAGUGAGAUCGAGAACCUUAUGAGCCAAGGAUACUCAUAUCAGGACAUUCAGAAAGCACUGGUCAUCGCACAUAACAAUAUCGAAAUGGCCAAGAAUAUUCUCCGGGAGUUCGUCUCCAUCUCCUCCCCUGCACAUGUGGCCACAUAGCACAUCCCCUCCAUGCCUACAGCUUGUGUGGACCAACUGCCUGGGCAGCCUAGCCCAGCUGCGCUCACGAGGGGGAAGGGGGUUCCUUUACGGGCUUCCUGCUGGACUCAGCCUUGCCUCUGAAGCGAAUCAGUUAACAGGUUUAUGUGGUUCCAGAUUUCAAAGCAAUGGAGUGAAACGGAGCAGAUUGGUGUUUUAUACAGUGUGUGUCUUGGCAUCCUUUUUGGAGUCCUUCCCCUGCCUCUUGUGCGAGAGUACAGAUUUGUUUCCCAGGGCGCUGGUAGACGAAGGGGUCACGACAAGUGAUUCUGGAGCUGGUGCCCGGGGGCAGGGCAGUGCUUUGUGCUGUGAAUUCUAGCGGAGUGCUCUGAAAGUGUCUCCGGGUUGCUGUGGUGUGUCCUGUGGCUCAUGGUACUAGAUUUGGAUCUGUUCACUGCUGUGUGUUUGGCUCAGGCUUUCUAGAGCAGUCGGUAGGUGGCCUUCUGCUGGGAAUAAAUAGGAGAGCUUGGAAGAAACCUCUGCAUUUCUUCCAUUUACUGCGGUGUUCCCCCCCAGGCCCAGAACGGUGUUUAUUGCUCACAAUAGAAAUCCUCUUUAACCUGGAUACUGUGCAACUAGCUGCAGCCAGGCAUCUUUACCUGCUUAGCGCUGGGAGUUGAACUUCUCUCGGUCUCUCUCUCCUGCUGCUGGCAAGGGCUGGCUGCACCAGAUUCCAGGGAGUCGGAUCCGUUGAACUUUGUGUGCACGUUUCUCGGGGCUGGGGAGGGGCAGCACACUGCCUGCUGCUUAUCCUUUUAACCCCGAGCAUUUCUGCUGAAACACUUACUUGAUCGCAGCUGGGCUGGACUCGCACACCCCCCUGGUUGCUCCUGCACACCCUCGCGUAUGGGAACGUUGCAUCUGGUAAACAGUGUUUUAUUGCUCUUAACUGCAUGGUGGCUGUAGCAGACUAGUGCUCUUCACACACAUUCCAUCCUCUCUUUCCGAGAGCUUCUGUGCAAGCCAGACAUCCGUGUGCCUGGUUGUUCAUGGGCUUGGGACUUGUGUUCUUCAGCACCUUCUCCGCUUUGCAGUACAAACGCGAUGGGUCUCUGCAUUGCUGUCUGUCCCCCACAGCAUAGGGGCCCUCUCUUUUUGCUACACCAAGGCGUUGCCUGAGCUUGUCAGGCAGGUGAUGCAGGGAAAUGGGGCAUUUACACAAGAAUCAAAUGGGACUUUAAAUGUCAGCGUUAAACUAUCGCUUGUGGACAAACCUGACUUGCUUCUUAUCCAGCUUAAUCCCUUUCACAUCAUGUGUUUCUGAUGUACAGUAAGUAAUUGGUCCCUUCAGAGACUUGCAGGAUUCAGCCCUGCUAAGCUGACAAAUGAACAUAUUGCAGCCUGGGGUCAGCGGACAUGAGCUUUUCAGGUCUUGCCUUGCAUCGGUUGGUUCUCUGUGGUGUCCUGUGCUGGAGUAGCAGUUGCCAUAAAGUGAAGUACUGUGUUUUGAAGUAACCUGAAGAUGGUGUGAGGCUGCUUUGUGCAGUUCAGCCAUUUUGCAGACUUGGUUACCCGGUUCCUCAUCUCAGAUCAGAGCGUAAGCUUGAUCCAGAGAGAAUUCAGAGCAUGAGCAAAUGGUCCAGAGGAGGACAUGGCACUAGGUUCUCACUUGAUGUGGAACAAGUUUCUUUCCAAACCUGCAGCCUGGUUCUGGUUGCUGCCACGCGGGAUCCAGGUGGUAUGACCCAACUUCCACACGCCUCACGCGUAGUCAGGGGUAGACUCGAGCCCUGCUAAAGGAGAGGGGUGGUUGAAGUGAAUGCCCCCAUGCUCCAUGAAGCAAGCUCUUUCUCCUGCUCCUGCAGCCAGGCCUGUGACAGUGCCCAAGUCCUGCCAGCAUGGCAUGGAGUGCUGGGACUCCAGUCCAUUGCCAGCCCUGGUCAGCACAUCUUCCUGAGCCUUGCGAGAGGAGAGGCCAGAACAAGGGCAGCUCUGCCUACUCUCAGUACAUCUGCAGGAUGCAGUAGCAGUUGUGACCCUGACCCAGCAGUUCCUCGCAUCUGAGAAUCGGUUCCUGCUCUGUGCUUUUCCAGAGUGUGCUGGAGGCCCCACUGCUAGCCAUCGCCCCUCUUUAACACCCCCUCUCUGCAUCUUUCUUGAAGGCUGCAGCUAGCUGUGAGUUGCUUUGGGAGCCAGGGUGCUUCUCACUUUCUCUGCACAGUCUGCAGGGGUGUAUGGGCAGCAGGGCUGGGGCGUUGGGGCUGCUGCCAUGGGAGUUCAGUAAAAAGCUUCAGUCAUUGUCCUGCUGCAGAGCGGGUGCUCCGGGCAACCGCUUCCUGUUCUUUCCUGCCAGCCCUUUUUCCCAGGCUCCUCCGGUUGCCAGUUACGUGCCCAAACUUUUCAGGGUUCAGACACUGAGGCUCACAGCCUGCGGGGGUCAUUCCAAGCGGUGAAGAGUGCAGUUUUGUGGCAUGUCUCUCUCUGACUUCCCUUCCCUGCAUGUGCCCUUCCUCGUCCACUGGACUGUAUCUUAAGCUGAUUUGGGAGACACAAGUGGCUUUUCCUCCUUGAAGAUGUGAAUGUUUGUUACUGUUGGCACGCGUAGCUCGGCCACAGCAGGGCACCCCAAGGUCAUGUGCUGUGGAUGAACUGAGCCCUUCGCAGUGUUCCCCUUGCUGCUUUCCUUGGGGUGGCCUGAUGAUCCCCCCUUGUCCCCCGCCCCCCAGUGUCUUUAUUCAAAGAGGUUAACUUGAUUUCACUUCUUACAGAAAAAAAAGCCAAAUGUCUCGUGCCUUUCUGAAGGGGGAUGCUGCAUCUCUAGGCUGGCUCUGAGUACUCCCCGGACUAGCCAUGCAGCUGCCUGGCUGCUGAGCUGCUUUGGAAGUGAGCAGGAGAGAGAGAGGGGGCAGUUGUCACUUCAAGGAUGACACUGUGUUUUGUAGCAUUUCAACUGUGGAGGUUUUCCUACCUUAUCUCUGUUACUAACAGUGACUUGUCUGGACUGGUGCUGUAACACGCUCGCUGUGACGACGGUAGAAUUGUAACACAGGAUUCUUUGUGCUUUUAACAAAACCAAGCAGAGUUCUGGUCAUAAAAAUGCUGUUUGUCCCCCACCUCCCACCCCAGGAUGCGAACGAGGCCAAACACCCAGUACAGGCAGAGAGGGACGCUACAGGCCUGGGCCCCGGGGCUUUCUCUGAGACUUGCCAAGCAGCUGCAUGAACUGGCAGUCCUGGCCCCUUCCAGCCACCUGGGUGCAUUCAUCACCACUCCCACCACCUGGCAGUCCAGAGCCAGAAGGAGACCCUGGAGGUAGCCGUUCCCUCUGCGGGUGUGCCGGCCUGCUGACCUGCCCUUGUCUUGUUCCUCCGCCGUGCCACAGAUCUAAGCAUACGCAUCCCGGGCUUCUCUGCUGGCUUUGGUGAGCUUGCUUCCUUUGUAGACACAGCUUUCUCUGCUGGUCCCCAGCUGCAGUCUCCACUCCAGGGGUGCUGCAGAGGUGUGGGGAACAGCUGGCUUUCUGGAGUAGGCCUGUCCGGUGGUUGGAGCUAAGCUGGGGAUGGAGUCAUUCCUGCACACAUGCAUUCAGCUGGGUCAGGGAAAUGCGGUUCCCAUGGUGUUUCUUCCUCAGUGGGCCCCAGUGGCAAAUCAGAAGGGGAAUUAAGGAAACUUAUUUUUAAAUUUCCUAAUAUAAACCCACUGGGGAGACCGUGGUGGGGGAGGAACAGUAGCUUUAUUUCUCUUGAAUGACGAAAACCAAUUUGUAUGAUAUCAGUGUUAAAAUGUUGAGAUUUUCACAAACUAUUUUAAAAAAAGCAAAGUAUAAUAGUGUCAUUAAUAUAAAAGAAUUAUAUUAGCAGUAUUUAAUCCUCGCAAACCUGUAAAGAAUAAGGAAAACAGAAGGUAAAUAUUCUUACAGAGAGUAGCUGAGCUUUAAGAUUCAUUUGGGUUAAAGUCUUCAUUUUGGUUUUUUUUGUUUGGUUGGUUGGUUUUUGAGGUGUUUUUUUUGCAAAGGCUUUGUUAAUGUUUAGAGGUUAUACUAAUGUUAUUUAUUAAUUUGUGUCAUUCCCAUACGCAGCCACUAAGGACCUCUUUUGUUUCCGAUUCAUGCAUCUGUGUCAGUCAGAAAACCAAGACAAAGUUUUAUUUUUCAAUAAAUUUCCUUUGUUGUAGCAGA